UUUAUUUUUUCAACCCAAAGUCUCUCUAAUUGGGGCGGACCUGGUGUAGGAGGAUUAAGCAAAACUUGUUUGCUGCUUUCAUCUCUCUCAAUUCUGAGGUCCAAAACGAUUUCAAUUCUACGUUGCAAAAAAUGGCCACUCUCUUCACAAAAUCGGCACCGGCAGUGACAAGAAGCGGUGACGGCGUGUAUGUGGCGGCCGUGCCAUUAAGAGCAACAAAAGGCCCUGCCCAACUGCUUGCUUCUGCAGCUUACUCUUUCAACAUCUGGGAUUUCCAGCAUUUCAUGGUUAUCAUCGCACCACCCUCCUCCCCAUCUUCUCACUCUCAGGCAUUAGUUUUUGAUUUUCAACCUAAGGAUCCGGAAGAUAUACAAGUGGCACUGGCUGCUCUUUCUGGAAAACCAGUUCCAGGAGUUGUUCGUGAGAGGAAGUUAUCAAGGCUGCCAAGGAACAAAUGUUCAUAUGUCGGACACUCAAAUGCGAGUGUAGUAGAAGUAGCACGUAAAUUCAACGAAACUUGGGAUACUAAUUUGAGGAUUGGUCAUCAUGACUGCAGAGACUAUACAAAUGGCUUGGUUGAGGUUCUGCUUGGUGAAGAAAAUGUAUUGGAGCGGCUAAGGCAGAAUUCAUUAAACAUUUAAUUCAUGAAUCUAUGAGUUCAAUGUCAGUUGGUGUACUCAGGAUUGUUGCUUUUCUGGGACAAUAUGUAACGUUAUCACUCCUCUGAAUUUGCAAAUUCUUCUAAUAGUAAAAAUAGUAACAGAAUUUUUUUCUC